AUGGAUCGCAGCCAGGAGCGAGGGGUGAUUGCGCAUAAUGUCCAAAACGUCCUCAAGUUAUUUCGGAACGUUGCCACAUCAUUGAAGCAGGACACCAAGUCCUUCGAUGACCAGUGCGAGUCUUACAGCUUGUGCAAACUACUUCCAACUUUCGAGAAUGAGAUCACCCGCUUCAAGAUGUGGGCUGGCAACCUAGCCGCUCACCAGAGCGGCCAAGCUUCACUCGAUCACCGGCUGAGAGAGGCGCCUCAUGUACAGGAACAGGUUGUCUACCUUCUCCUUGACAUAUCCGAGUCUCUGGGAGAUACUAUGGUCCUCAUUACGCAUCGUAAAUCUCCUAUAAAUAUCGAGAAUAAGCAGGAUGAGCCAGCAUUUCCGCAAGAAAGCCUCAGUCAAGGCAACCAAGACGAUUUCACUGACUCGGAUCUCGAAGACGAUGAGGAUGUCUCGCCAGAAACAAGAUUAUCGUCACUUCUUACGGAUAUUUGCGAGGCCAUUGAUUGUCUGCUACGACUCUCUGUCGCCAUCGCCAAUCCAGCACCACAUGAGAGGUUCCGAAAGCUCGGCGCUGGCCUAUCUGAGGACGUAUCCUUCUACGAGGCACACGAUAUUCGCUACGUCAGAGACAAGUUCCCUAAAGCCAACAAAGGCUUAUCUGAUGUUCUGGGGAAGUUCAUCACCCGCCGACGCCAGUUCUUCAAAUAUCGCGAGGCACACCAUGCCAAGUUGGCGGCAGGCCUGGACCAGGAGGCCCAGAAGGACACGAGCCGGACAGAGAUUAUCCCGAAAACCGUGGCAUCUUCGCUUGCGGAGCACUUCAAGGGAACCACAGUGAUUGAUGAGGACAACCGAUCCGAUACGGCCAUCUCGGAGACGUCGUAUGCUACCUCGGCCGGCUUUCUGAUGCAAGAGGACGGACGGAUGAAGCCAGCUCCCCCACUCAAGGUUCCUCCCCCGCCGCCCGAGGCGGAGAAGGGUGCUUUUGAGUGUCCAUUCUGUUACAGAAUGGUAUCUGCUCGUACCCGAAGAACAUGGAAGCGCCACGUUUUUGGGGAUUUGCGGCCGUACACUUGUCUCUUCUCGCGGUGUGCCGAAUCAAACACCGACUUUGAUCGACGUCACCGAUGGCAGCUCCAUGUCACCCAGUAUCACUGGCGGGCAUGGUCUUGUCCCUUCAAGUGCAGGGGCAUGUUCCCCUCUUCAAUGGAACUCGAGGAUCACAUUCGCCAUCAGCACCUACCAGACGCAAACAACGAGCAUCUCAAAGCCGUGGUAGCUCGUGGUGAAGUGCCUGUGCCAUACGAUUUUGCUAAGGAAUGUCCGCUUUGUGGGCACAUCGUUUCUAGCUCGAAUUCUUAUAUCAAGCACGUCGGCCGACAUAUGGAACAGCUUGCUUUGUUCGCUCUUCCAGAUAUGAGGGACGAGGUGCCAGAGGAUGGCGCUGAAAGUGACGAACAGAAUGAUGUAGGAUCCGACAUUCAUGUCGGAUCGGUGGGCUCUGGCAUUUCCGGGUUUUCUUCGCAUCAGUCUGAUGAGCAACUCAACGGGGCGGGUGAUCAGGUGGAACAAGAAGUUCAGUCUAGGGAGCGGGAGGAGUCUAAAUACAGUAUCCGAGCUGCAGAGGACAACAGCGAACGUGGUGUGGGUGAGAGAAGCGAGCAUGAGCAUGACCCGCCACACCGAGAGGCAAACGACCCAUCAACAGAGAGAGAUGACAGUCCAGAUCAACCACUAGAAGGACCCCAGACGUUGCAGCAAGACACCAGAAAUGUAACAAACGAAGUCAUAAAGGAGCAGAAAUUCAUUUUAGGAACGGACGAGUCGUCAAAGGAAGCACGCGGGCCCAACACGGGAGCUAGUCCUACGCCACAAAACCGUCUUCUCUCAAGCGCUUUGGGAUUUGGCACUAUUGCGACCCAGCUCGAUGAGCUCCAGAGCUUCCAAUAUGCCAAGGAAGAUUACUUGAAAGCCUGCGACCUCCUAGAUCAGGCCUUACAGAUGACAUGGAGUAGCGAAAACAAGGGCACAAUUCAGUCAAUUCGGCAGAGGUACAUGACCCGUAUCGCUAAAAUAGAAGAAAUGCUUCCUAAACAGAACGCAAGUGUUGAAUCUAAGGCAGCGUCAGGGGCUGAACAGCCAGCUCGCCCAGUUUUCAGACGGUCGAACUCCGAGGCCAUUUCUGGAAACCCGUCUCCGUCACCACGGCUCGAGAAGGUUAGCAUGGGCGAGCCUGGGGAAGGCUCCAGGGCCCCCAUGGAGAGAAUUAUGACCGGGCAGCAGGGCCCCAUCAAUUCCAUCGACCCGCACGACGCACCAGAACCAGUUGUGCAGGGCGCUCAACCGGUCUUCACACGCAUGUCUCGCAAGCAUCUGUCUAUUGAGACAUUGCGGACGUUCAGCGUUGACUUUGACCUCGAUCCAGAUCCUGAGUAUGUGUUGAUCAAGCGUUGGGUGCCUGAGUGGGAACAAGACCAGAUGUGGAAGCACACGAAAUUGACCCGUGAGGCACGCGGCGAGCGUUUCUUGUCAGGGGAAUGGAAGGCCCAAGAUGAUAAUCCUGAGAUACCCUCCGGAGAAAUCUCGUCAAGAUUCGAAGAGGGAAUGGCCACGCCAACUACGGAAAACGGUGCUGCUCCGCCACCAUCGCCCCAGAUUAUUCGAGGACCAAAGAUCGAGCGAGAGAUCAUUACGCAUUACAGAGAUAUAGAUCAUGGGAUGCCAAAAGCCAGCUCUUCUAAAGGUUAUACCUGUGGCAACUGUGACAAGACCUUUUCUCGGGCAGAUCAUCUAAGGCGACACGAGCUGAGUCACAUCGAGCCAGGUUUCCCUUGUGACUUUCCCGAUUGCGAUAAAGCGUUCUAUCGAAAGGACCUAUUAGAUCGCCAUAUUCAGAGGCACUGCGCUGCACUUGCGAGGCUCACAAAGAUGGGUAUGGGCCACGCGAACCCUUUCACGUAUCAGUUAUUAGCAAGAGAGCCAAGGAGGAAUAGAGCCAAGAACCGGGGCCAGAGUCAUGGAGCCACUAUGGCCGCUGCCCUCCGUAAAGAGAAGGCCAAGGCCUCGGAAGCGCUAAUCAGAGCUAUGGGGGAGAAAGGGUCAACUGAAGUGAGGGCUACUCGUCUCGAGCCCCGACUGCGGGCCCACGGCCAAUGGCUGUGCUACCUCUAA